AUGCAAAAAAAUCACAUAUUCCUUCGAAUUUUACCUUUUUUCAUUCUUUUUACAUUCUCAAAUUCGAUAUUUGUUGAAAGCAAUGAUUUUCCCGAUAUUUCGGGUAACGAUAACGAUAAAAAUGCAUUAAGUGAAUAUCAUAAAUUUUAUCCUAAUACCGAUCCAAAUGAUAACGAUGGAAAACUACUACAUUAUAUAUCUCUUGGUUUAUCUCAAGCUAGUCUAUUAGGAAACCUUUUCGUGAUAUUCCAAACUUGUCAAAGAAUUAAUCAAAAUGUCAAUCUGUCGAUGGGAAUUCGAUUGCCAAUGUACAUAGCGAUUAAUAAUUCUUUAUCAUGCUUGUCUUACUUUGCAAAUAUUGUUGGCGCUUUGAUUAUUGGUGUUCCUUGGACUGGUCAAGCUUGUAUCAUUUAUGGUUUCUUUGAUGUAUUUAUGGUUUCAAUGAGGUGUUGGAGUUCUCCAGGCCAAUGGUCACUUGCAAUUUCAAUUUCUAGUUUAAUAUCUAUAACUGCUUUGUUAUGCAUAGUUUGUCACUCUCAUAUAAUCUAUACUAUUGUAACAAUUCGAAGACCUGAUGGAAAUGUUGGAAUUAAUGAUAUACAGCAAAAAACUGCCACACGAAAGAUUUUGGCUUAUACAUUCAAUUACCUAAUUCAAUGGGUAUUACAUCUAAGAGUAGCCAGCGGAAAUGAUCCUUUAUGGGUUUAUUAUCUUUGUGUACUAUCGAUUAAUAUUGGUGGUAUAGCAAAUGCUAUUCAAUACAUUUGUCAUGAAGGAUUUUUAUCAAAAUUAAGAACUUUGUCACACCAAGUUUCAAACUCAAUUUCUAACUCUAAUACGUCGGAACAACUUUCGGAAACAAGUUAUAAUACAAAUAAUUCUGAAUUACCUGUUUUGAAAAAGGAAUUAAGUUGUUGUGCUAUUAAAUGUUUUAGUAUUUUAUUGAAUUAUAGAACUAGAACUGAUGUUAAAUUGAAUGAUAUAAAUGAAAUUAUUGAUAUUGAAUUGGGUGAAUUAAGAAAUUCCUCCGUAAAUAAUAUUCCUAAUUAG